GGCGUCGAGCGUCACCCGGAAAUACUCUUAGCAGCCGCUGAACAACAUGCUUUACACUGGUGUUUUCAUGCGGUUUAUUUCGCUACAAAUGAUUUGAAUACGGAAACUUGGAUGGAUGUAAUUCCGUUUACAUAUUUUUAAAUGAUUUUGCUGGCCUCGUGCUCCUCUAUAAACCAAAAUGGGUAAAAAGAAGGUGAAAGACAGAAGUCCUAGCACUGAGACUCCAGGGGUUUCCUGCACUCACAUCCGCAAAGGAAUAGAUAACAGCUUACUGAAGAAAACCGGUCUAAAUCUGAGCUCGUGCCAAGACUGUGAGCCGAACAAGCCUGUUGAAGACCAGAUCUCGGAGGAUGAAAUUGACAGAGAAAGUCCAGCUGUGUGGCUGUGCCUGAAAUGCGGCCACAGAGGCUGCGGGAGAUUUGAGAAUCAGCAUGCAGUCAAGCACUACGAGACGCCUCGAUCCGAGCCACACUGUUUAGUGCUCAGCCUGGACGUCUGGAGCGUCUGGUGUUACAUCUGUGAUGAAGAAGUUCAGUAUUCCAGCACGGGACAGCUGGCACAGCUGAUCACAAACAUAAGAAAACAAGUGCCGACGGAUCCUGGCAAGAGCACCUCCAACAAAAAAUGUAAGAAGGAAGAGAAACCUGCAGAGCAAACACCACAUGAAGAGAAAGAGAACCAGAAGAGCAACUCCAAACAUGAUGACAGUCCCAAAAGACAGAAGGCAGCGGCGGCAGCAGGAAGCCCUGGUGUCGUGUGUGUCAGGGGUCUCAGUAAUCUGGGCAACACGUGUUUCUUCAAUGCAGUCGUGCAGAAUUUAUCACAGACGUGGUUUUUGCGAGAACUGCUGAGCCAGAUUUCAGAUGAGAAGAGCUGCUUCACCAUCACUCCAUCAUCUGAGCUGGAACCUCUUCAGAUCCAGCUGGAAAGACCCGGGUCGCUCACGCUGGCUAUGUGUCAGGUACUGAAUGAAGUCCAGGAUACCAAGAAAGGUGUUGUGACCCCUAAAGAACUCUUCACUCAAGUGUGUAAAAAAGCUCCACGCUUUAAAGGCUUUCAGCAGCAGGACAGUCAGGAGCUGCUGCGGUACCUUCUGGACGGCAUGCGGGCGGAAGAAGUGAAAAGAGUAAACUCUGGAAUUCUGGGGGCUUUGAAAAACUCUGGCAAAAGCUUAGAGGCCGAGCAAACGAAGAAGGUUACUAAAGAGUAUGAGAGAAACGGUGCACCCAAGAACUUUGUGGACCGAGUGUUUGGUGGAGAGAUGAGCAGCACGGUGAUGUGCAAAGAGUGCAGGACUGUGUCUCUGGUGACGGAGAUGUUUCUGGAUCUGUCUCUUCCUGUAGCUGAUGAGGCCUACAGGAAGAAGAAUCAGAAGAAAGUUGCUCAGUAUCGCAGCAGCGUCAGUGACUAUGGAGAUCAAGACAGCACAUCAUCUCUGGCCAAUGGGAAUGAAGACAUGCCUACAGGAACAGGAAGCAAGUACCAGCAGAAGAAAGCCAAGAAGCAGGCCAAGAAACAAGCCAAGAAUCAGAGACGGCAGCAGAAACUGGGCAGUAAAGUCCCUCUGGAACCUCUGUCCAAUCAGAGCACAGCUAGCAGCACCGAUCCAGCGGACGGCUCCGGUCACAGUGUGGCAGAAAAUGGCUGUGCUGAUGUGGAACCAGUUAAAAACAGCCAGGAGCAUUUGAUCCUUGAGAAACCUUCUGCACAAUCACUAAAUGAGGAUGAAGAUGAUGAGGAACCCGAGCAAGAGCAUGCCACUGCUGGCAAGAACCGCUUCACUGCCUUAUCCGAAGACCAGACCUCUGAAGAUGUGUCUGUAGAGGGAGACAAAGUGGAAGAGGUGAAUGAAAUUGAGGAGGAGGACGGUGCUGACCAGCUUUGUGCUGAAGAGGAUCAGUUAGUCGAAGAACUGAAUAUUAUGUCACUAAAAACAGCUUCAGAAGGUGAAAUGGAGAAUGGAGAUGAUGCCUCAGUUGACGUUAAAGAAUACACUGUGGUGAAUCAGGACCCUGAGCUCGCCUUUCACGCACUGACCAGCAGGGAGGCGCCAGAGAAGAAGGAGUGUUCGGUGGAGUCCUGCCUGUAUCAGUUUACUGAGGUGGAACAUCUCACAGAGAACAACAGACUGAUGUGUUUUACCUGUACAAAACGCCAGCCUGGACAUAAAGCCUCAGACGGUGGUAAGAAAGCUGUUUACAGAGAUGCACUGAAGCAGAUGCUGAUCUCUCAUCCUCCAGCAGUGCUCACACUUCACCUGAAGAGAUUCCAGCAGGUUGGAUACAGCGUUUGUAAGGUGAACAGACAUGUGCACUUUCCUCAGAUCCUGGAUCUAGCUCCUUUCUGCUCUUUAAACUGCAAGGGUGUGAAGGAGGGAGAAACGCAAGUGCUGUAUAGUCUUUAUGGCAUAGUGGAGCACAGCGGCACCAUGCGGUCCGGACACUACACGGCCUACGUCAAAUCACGACCCUCCACGCACAAUUACGUAGAAAACGGGUCGGCUGCUGGUUGUAACGCUGAGGCCAGUAAAGGCUCAUGGUUCCACAUCAGCGACAGCAGCGUCCAUCCCGUUCCGGAGGCCAAAGUGCAGAGUUCCCAAGCCUACCUCCUGUUCUACGAGAAGAUCUCAUAACCCAACGUGAGGACUGAGCUUCAAAACAAAGGGCUGGUGGUGCUUCUCUCCGACUGCUGGGACAUCCGGUUAAAACGCAAUGCAAAUGGAUUGAAAACUUUGAAUCAAAGUUGUGUGUAUGAGCAUCUUCUUUUAUGUUUUUUUUUCUUUCUCUGCAUUAUCAGCUGCUGUUCAGGGGAAAGUUUUCAUUCAUGCAAACAAGAUGCAAAACUUA